GUUGUGACAGCUGCCUUUCCGUGCACAAACACGGAAGCAGUAUGGCGUCAAACAACAAUAGCUCCGACAGGCAACGAAUUGCACAGCAAAGAUUAGGCAGAAUUGCAGCGCAUUUACAUAAACAUGAGGACGGUAACUCGGGAAUUAUCGCAAAAGAAUGCAAAAUUGAUGCGACUGGUUCAACGGAAGAGAAUAAAGGGACGGUGCCGAGAAAGAGGCAGGAGAUUAUGAAGUGGAAUGGCUGGGGGUACAGUGACUCCAAAUUCCUCUUUAACAAGAAGGGUCAAGCAGAAUUUACAGGCAAAAGGUAUAGGCUAAGUGGGAUGACCCUGCCCAGUUUGCAGGACUGGUUUGAAAAUACCUUUGGUGCCAGUGUGAAGCAUAAAAGCCCUGCGACACCAGUCCUGAAUGCCAGCGUUGUGCCGCCGCCCAGACUGAACGAGGCAUUCGUAGAGAACCUGAAGGCCACAGGCAUCCCAUUCUCCAAUGAGGCGGAGGACAGGUUGUUCCGUGCCCACGGUCAUUGCUUACAUGAAAUCUUUGCUCUCAGAGAAGGGAAGAAAUUUGAGCGUGUUCCAGACAUGGUGGUGUGGCCAAACUGCCACAACGAUGUGGUGAAAAUUGUGGAGCUGGCGUGCAAGCACAAUGUUUGUCUGAUACCGUACGGCGGAGGUACCAGUGUGACCAGUGCUCUAGAGUGCCCCCCGGAGGAGACCCGCUGCAUCGUCUCUCUGGAUACUUCCCAGAUGAACCGCAUAUUGUGGCUCGACGAGAAUAAUUUAGUCGCCCACGUUGAAGCUGGCAUCAUCGGUCAGGAUCUGGAGAGAUUACUCAACGAGAGUGGCUACUGUACGGGGCAUGAGCCAGACUCCAUGGAGUUCAGUUCACUGGGCGGCUGGGUGGCUACUAGAGCAUCGGGCAUGAAGAAGAACGUAUAUGGUAACAUUGAGGACCUGGUGAUCCACAUAAAGGCGGUGACCCCUCGAGGGGUGAUAGAGAAGAGCUGCCAGGGGCCACGCACGUCCACUGGGCCAGACAUCCACCACUUCAUCCUGGGCUCAGAAGGAACCCUUGGUGUGGUUACCGAGGUAACGAUGAAGAUCCGACCAAUCCCAGAGUACCAGAAGUAUGGCUCGGUGGUCUUCCCUAACUUUGAGGCAGGCGUGGCCUGCUUACGAGAGGUUGCCAAGCAGAGGUGUGCACCGGCUUCCAUCCGGCUCAUGGAUAACACACAGUUUCAUUUCGGUCAUGCCCUGAAACCUCAAGUGUCGUCCAUUUUCACACAUUUUCUAGAAGGGUUAAAGAAGUUCUACAUCACCAAGUUGAAAGGUUUCGACCCCCACCAGUUGGUGGUUGCCACUCUUCUGUUUGAAGGGGACCACGAGAGGGUCCUGCAGCAUGAAAAAGAAGUUUAUGACAUCGCAGCAACAUUUGGAGGCCUGGCAGCUGGAGAGGACAAUGGGCAGAGAGGCUACCUACUGACCUUUGUCAUCGCUUACCUCCGGGACUUGGGGAUGGACUACUGUGUGGUAGCAGAAUCCUUUGAGACAUCGGUGCCUUGGGACAGGGUAUUGGACCUUUGCCAGAAUGUCAAGGAGAGAAUUAUCAGAGAGUGUAAAGAAAGAGGAGUCCAGUUUCAACCUUUGACCUCAUGCAGAGUGACUCAGACCUAUGACUCUGGCGCAUGUAUAUACUUCUACUUUGCCUUCAACUACAGAGGACUGGCGGAUCCAGUACAUACAUACGAACAAGUGGAGCAUGCUGCCAGAGAGGAGAUUCUAGCCAAUGGAGGAAGCCUCUCGCAUCACCAUGGAGGUAGUCAAGUGAACAUCCCUACGUCUAGCCACGCCCCUACGUCUAGCCACGCCCCUACGUCUAGCCACGCCCCUACGUCUAGCCAUUUAAUCUUUUUCCAAAUUUCUUCAUAUCAAAACCUACAAAUUCAUAAAAUUGACUUGCCUAUUCACUUACGUAGAUGGAUGGCACGAAAGUGGUUUAAAGAUCCUCUUAGAUGGCACGGCAGGGGUUUAAAGAUCCCCUUAGAUGGCACGAAAGUGGUUUAAAGAUCCUCUUAGAUGGCACGGCAGGGGUUUAAAGAUCCCCUUAGAUGGCACGGCAGGGGUUUAAAGAUCCCCUUAGAUGGCACGGCAGGGGUUUAAAGAUCCCCUUAGAUGGCACGGCAGGGGUUUAAAGAUCCCCUUAGAUGGCACGGCAGGGGUUUAAAGAUCCCCUUAGAUGGCACGGCAGGGGUUUAAAGAUCCCCUUAGAUGGCACGGCAGGGGUUUAAAGAUCCCCUUAGAUGGCACGGCAGGGGUUUAAAGAUCCCCUUAGAUGGCACGGCAGGGGUUUAAAGAUCCUCUUAGAUGGCACGGCAGUGGUUUAAAGAUCCUCUUAGAUGGCACGGCAGGGGUUUAAAGAUCCCCUUAGAUGGCACGGCAGGGGUUUAAAGAUCCCCUUAGAUGGCACGAAAGUGGUUUAAAGAUCCCCUUAGAUGGCACGGCAGGGGUUUAAAGAUCCCCUUAGAUGGCACGGCAGGGGUUUAAAGAUCCCCUUAGAUGGCACGGCAGGGGUUUAAAGAUCCCCUUAGAUGGCACGGCAGGGGUUUAAAGAUCCCCUUAGAUGGCACGGCAGGGGUUUAAAGUCUUGUGAAGGCACGGCAGGGGUUUAAAGUCUUGUGAAGGCACGGCAGGGGUUUAAAGUCUUGUGAAGGCACGGCAGGGGUUUAAAGUCUUGUGAAGGCACGGCAGGGGUUUAAAGUCUUGUGAAGGCACGGCAGGGGUUUAAAGUCUUGUGAAGGCACGGCAGGGGUUUAAAGUCUUGUGAAGGCACGGCAGGGGUUUAAAGUCUUGUGAAGGCACGGCAGGGGUUUAAAGUCUUGUGAAGGCACGGCAGGGGUUUAAAGUCUUGUGAAGGCACGGCAGGGGUUUAAAGUCUUGUGAAGGCACGGCAGGGGUUUAAAGUCUUGUGAAGGCACGGCAGGGGUUUAAAGUCUUGUGAAGGCACGGCAGGGGUUUAAAGUCUUGUGAAGGCACGGCAGGGGUUUAAAGUCUUGUGAAGGCACGGCAGGGGUUUAAAGUCUUGUGAAGGCACGGCAGGGGUUUAAAGUCUUGUGAAGGCACGGCAGGGGUUUAAAGUCUUGUGAAGGCACGGCAGGGGUUUAAAGUCUUGUGAAGGCACGGCAGGGGUUUAAAGUCUUGUGAAGGCACGGCAGGGGUUUAAAGUCUUGUGAAGGCAUGGCAGGGGUUUAAAGUCUUGUGAAGGCAGUCUGUCAGGCUCUGUGCUGCUGUAUAGAAGUGAGCCAGUCUUUUUCUAAACCUCCUGUUUUGGCUUGGAGCUCUUUCAUCGCUUCCUUCACACCUCCAAAGUUUCCCACAGUACAGAGAAAUGGCUCUUUGUUCAUCUCAACACGGGCCAAAUGAAACGUGAGCAGGGGAGGGAGUCUGAAGCAACUAUCAGGGCAAACCCUAAUGGCUGCCUCAUCUAUAUUGCCAGGCGCCUCGUCUGUUUUCAUACAUCACUUCAGGCUAUUCAUCACGCCUGUCAGAAACAGCACGCAGUGAAUCAGCUGCGAUAUUAAAUCACCAUUUCUCCUGAAGGUGGGGAAGGUUAAAAAUGAACAGAUUGCUAAUAUAAGAAGGCAGUGGGCCAGGGUAAAUGAUGUUGCUGUUAUCACCCAGUAUUUACUGCCCUCCAAAUAGUGGGCCACCACCCAGCCAACCACCCAGGGCUGAGUAGGAGGGUGUGUAGCCGGGAGGAGGGGAUAUUGAUGCAGCUCCUGGGUACGAGGCCCGCUCUGUAAUUGUGAUUAAUAACAGCCUGCUAUCUGGGCGCAGACAGGCGGUUUGUCUGCCCACAAUCAACACAUGACAAAUGGAGCUCGUCUCACUGGGGUGUGUAGCAAAGAAAACCGAUGUAGUCUGGGAAGGCAAGGUGGGAGGGGCCAUCACAGGAAAUAUACAUUAUUCUAACCUGUGUUUACACGAGGUCAGGGUGUGCAGAGAUAGUAUUCCACCCCCUGAUUCAAUACACGUUAGAAUCACCUUUGGCAGCGAUUACAGCUGUGAGUCUUUCUGGGUAAGUCUCUAAGAGCUUUGUACACCAAUAUUUACACAUUCUUUUUUAUAUUGUUCAACCUCUUGUCAAAUUGGUUGUUGAUCAUUGCUAGACAGCCAUUUUCCAGUCUUGCCAUAGAUAUUUAAGUCAAAACUCUAACUAGGUCACUCAGGAACAUUUAAUGUCCUCUUGUUAAGCAACUCCAGUGUAGAUUUGGCCUUGUGUUUUAGGUUAAUGUCCUGCUGAAAGGUGAAUUUGUCUCCCAGUGUCUGUUGGAAAGCAGACUGAACCAGGUUUUCCUCUAGGAUUUUGCCUGUGCUUAGCUCUAUUCCGUUUUAUUUUUAUCCUGAAAAACUCCCUAGUCCUUGCCGAUGACAAGCAUACCCAUAAACUGCAGCCAACACCAUUCUUUGAAAUAUGAUGAGUGGAACUCCGUGAUGUGUUGUGUUGGAUUUGUCCCAAACAUAACGCUUUGUAUUCAGGACAUCAAGUACAUUUCUUUGCCACAUUUUUUUUUUCAGUUUUAAUUCGGUGCCUGUUUUGGAGUGUUUCACUCUGUCAUGUAGGUUAGUAAUUGUGGAGUAACUACAAUGUUGUUGAUCCAUCCUCUUUUUUUCUCUCAUCACAGCCAUUAAAAUAACUGUUUUAAUGUCACCAUUGGAGUCAUUGUGAAGUCCCUGAGCGGUUUCCUACCUUCACAGGCUUCCUUCUUAACGUAGAUGCCGGAAUAUUUGUAGUGACUGGGCGUAUUGAUACACCAUCCAAAGUGUAAUUAAUAACUUCACCAUGCUCAAAGGUAUAACAAAAAAAAAGCAGACAUUGAAUAUCUCUUUGAGCGUUGUGAAGUUAUUAAUGACACUUUUGGAUGGUUUAUCAAUACACCCAGUCACUACAAAGUAACAGGUGUCCUUCCUUCCAUCUUCCUCAGGUGCCGGGGAGGAAGGAAACUGCUCAGGGAUUUCACCAUGAAGCCAAUUGUGACUUUAAAACAGUUAGUUCUCCUAUCACAGCCAUUAAAAACUCUGAGGAUGGAUCAACAACAUUGUAGUUACUCCACACGGACGGACGAUUGGACUCUUUGAAUUCAAGCUGUUACACAACAAAAUGUGGAAUAAGGGGUACAAAUAGUUUCUGAAGGCACUGUAUGCUCUGUGUACUACCAAAGUAGGUGUUCAUGGCUCCUGCUCAAGUUCAUUCUGUUCUCAGGGCUGUUUUAUAGAAUAGUGUGUUGUUCUAAAAACUGCGUGACCUUACGCUUGAUCUUUACCCAGACACUGAGCAAACAACACACUGCUAGCUUCCUACUCUGCUAGCAUCCUACUCUGCUAGCUUCCUACUCUGCUAGCUUCCUACUCUGCUAGCUUCCUACUCUGCUAGCUUCCUACUCUGCUAGCUUCCUACUCUUCAAGGAUCCAAUGUUUGCUUUCAGAUUGAAUCUUGUUUCAUCAACAUUGUGUUCGCUCGUUAUUUACUUACUAAAUGAAUUGUGUGUUAUCUGACGAAAGGAGUGAGGUUGCUGUGACCUUUUAUUCACGAUUUGGGGAUAUGCAGGAGUCUAUUGCCAUUAUAUAACUGACAGUGGAUUGAACAUUUUCAAUGCAGCAUUUGUAAGUCCUAAACUCCUGGCCUCCAGACAUCCUGUGGUCAGUGUUGGGUUCUUGGUGUUGACGGUGUCCCUCUCAGGGACCAGUGACAACCUGUCCCUCUCCCAGAGGCUCCAGACUCCCUGCAUAUGUCCUGGCAGGACUCGGGGCUCUGGAAUGUGUCUGUUUGGACAGCUGGUAAAGCAGAUCGCUGGUCUUGGUACCUUGCUGGGCACCCUGGCCAGGCCUGACCCAUGCUGUUCCACCUCCAUUGGCCCACGGCCAGAAGAGAGGUGUGUGUAUGUGUAUAUAUAUGUGUGUGUGUGUGUGUGUGUGUGUGUGUGUGUGUGUGUGUGUGUGUGUGGGAGGGGGAGAACAACACACCCACACAGCAUGGUGACGUCUGUGGGAGGAGAAUGGGCUUGGUGAACAUGAGAGAGGGAAAGGCAGAGCCAGCCGGGGAACACACAGAGCCUAAUGAGUUUGAUAGGCUGUUGGGCUCCAUAAAUCAUGCCAUGCAAAAUAUUUCUCCUCUCUGAAUAAAGGCAUUUAUCACCCUCUGUUUAUUCACUCACUCUAACAAGAUGGAUUGUCUCCCAGCAGCCACCUGGGCAAUCGGGCGUCCUGAUUUCGCCUCCUUGGUGUUUUUUCUUUCUUUCUUCCCUCUAUCUCUCCAGUUGGGAAACUUCGUAAGGAGUGGAUGAAGGACAGCAUCUCUAACGUGGGCGUCGGGAUGCUCAAGUCCGUUAAGGAAUAUGUGGACCCGGGAAACAUUUUCGGCAACCGAAACCUCCUCUAAUUUAUUUACAUGACAUUUUUAUAACAACCUCUUGGAAUAAGGGUUACUAAAUAUGACGAGCAGUAUCAAUGUCUUUCACCUUCGGGGGUGACUUCGUUGUGCAGUCAACCUCAGUCAGAUGACUUGCCUUGCAUUACAUUACUGCACUUAACAGCGUUGGACUAGUAACCGAAAGGUUGCAAGUUCGAAUCCCCGAGCUGACAAGGUACAAAUCUGUCGUUCUGCCCCUGAACAGGCAGUUAACCCACUGUUCCCAGGCCGUCAUUGAAAAUAAGAAUUUGUUCUUAACUGACUUGCCUAGUAAAAUAAAGGUAAAAUUAAAAUAAUUGCUGUAACAAUAAUGGUCUAUGAUUCAUUUAGACGCUCAUUGCAUCAGGUCCUCAGUAGUGUCCUCGUCCAGGAUGAUCUGGUGAAUGAAGCCGUGUGUAUCAUACUAACGAUAGUACUGUAGAUUCUUUCAGUCACGUGUAUAGAACCACGCCAUAAGAAUGGCCUUUUUCAUAUUGUACAUGAUGCAGGAUAACAUUUUUGUGAUCCCAUAUUUGCCUACAAUUGAAUUGUUUCCUAUAAUUCUUGCCAAUUUCAUUAACUAGAUUUAGUUUUUUUUGGUAGAUGUUUAUUUUACCUGAAUGCUUUUUCUAAAGCUCUGUGCCUUUUCUGAAGAUGUCUGUCUUCAUCCUUUCCUACAACACACACACACACUGGAAGCUUGACUGGUUUGUUUAUGGCGUCCUGUAUGUUCCCUUAUAAUGUGUGUGUGUGUCCUUCAUUCUAGAUUUCCUGUUUCCAGUUGGUCUUUGCUUCUCCACUCAAGCCUUGUAUUACUUAUACUAUUAAUGAUUACCGAGAGAUGUGUGUUUUGUUUUACCUACCUAGGAGGAUUUAUAUUACGUUGGAAGUCGUGCCUCUUCUGAAAAUGUACCUCGGGGUUAAAAUGUCCCUCAAACCCAAACGUUAAACUGUUUUAUGAAGAAACGAGGAUAUGAUGCGUUUUAUUUUAGAUUUGACCUUGCAUGGUUUUUGCCUGUCAUACAGAGUUCAGUUUGUGGACAGAGACAUACGUGCUUUUAGUGUGAACGUGUCAGACGACUGAAUCCCAAUACCCAUGUUUGUACCAAAGACUUUCAGCACAGCCCUUUCACUACUUUAUAUAGACCAUGCAAACAUCCUGGAUGUGUAGGUCUGUACAUGCCGUAUAGUUAAAUGUAUGGGACAUUCAUACAGCUAAUACAUGAACCUAUAUCCUGAUGAAACAUGGGCUUUUUUUCAGAUAUGCAAAUUUACAAAUAUCAAAAGAUGUGUUCAUAUUUGUUACUUUAAAUGUUACGUGCUCAUGUCAAAGAAAAACAAUUUAUUUAAAUUCAAUUACAAUAUUUUGUCACUACUUAAAACAGUUGCUUGUAGUUAGAGUUUGUAUUUAGACAACGAAAUACAUCUGACUGAAUUGUCUGUUCCCUGGUGAGCGUCCCAGCGUUGUGGUAAUGUUGGAAACGAUACAUUUGAGUGAAAGAUAAUUGUACCUUCGUCACAAUUUACAGAUGAUUAUGCUUAUCCAUUUGGCCUCUUUGCGAGGCAUGUGUCGAUGUUGUGCCCAAUCCUAAACUCAGACAUGGGAUUGUACUGUACGGUGCUAGAGUGAGAUACCUGAAAUGUACUGCUACCGUUUUCCUGUCACUACUGCGUUCCUCCUGUUCUCGGCGUCGCAGCUUUCCCACAGUGCAUUGUCACCUUCCUGCCCAAGUAUCUCACCUCUCCACCUUCAAUGAAAAUGUUGUGAAAGGAAAUGGUGGAUCUGGAGGCAGCGUUUAUCUAAUCAGUUUCAUGAUUUUACUUCCUGUGAUGGUUCCCGAAAGAGAACUUAAUGAGAGCUUGAAAUCUGAAUGUUAUGCAUGUAAAAAAAUAAAUAAUAAUAAACAUUUUAUCAAUGA